AUGUUAGGUCCUGAGUUAGUUCAAGAAACUACCGAUAAAAUAUUCAAGAUUCGAGACCAUAUCAAGGCGGCUCGAGACAGACAGAAAAGCUACGCGGAUAGACGUCGCAAACCGUUGUCUUUUGAAGUUGGAGACAAGGUGUUGUUAAAAGUCUCGCCAUGGAAAGGCGUAGCUAGAUUUGGUAAGCAAGGGAAGCUUAGCCCGAGAUACAUAGGACCUUAUGAGAUCUUGGAAAAGAUUGAAAAUGUCGCCUACAAGUUAAAGCUGCCUGAAUCACUCGACGACAAACUCCAUUUCAUCGAAGAACCUGUUGAGGUUCUGGUUUCAAAGAUUUACAAAACGAGGAGAAGUCGUAUCAAACUAUUCAAAGUCCGAUGGAACUCGAAACGAGGACUCGAGUUCACAUGGGAACAAGAAGACAAAUUCAAAAAGAAGUACCCUCAUUUGUUUAAGAAAGUCCCAACGAAGAGUAACGCAACCUAA